UAAAAAAGAAUCAACUGAGCUACGAAGGAGCACGUCAACGUCACUAGAAUGAUGACAAGCAAUUUUAACGGAUUCUAAAGGGAAUCAUAUAAUUCCAAACUCAUUUCUAUGGCAACACAGUUGUCAAUUUUGUAAACAAUCAUUUUCGAACGUGUGUUGCCAAGAGACAUCUAACCGACGUUCUAUGGAACGUUUUCUGUGCGAAAACAACAAAUUCAGUUUGCUGCUGACAACAAACUUGUUUGAUUUUUGAGACCUGAGAUAGAACAAUCGACUGGAAAAUGCCUGGGUGCUUUUCAAGACUGGCGGAGAGAGUGCGUGGACGUCGGCGGCCUACUGCGUCGACAGGUUGUUCAAAUUCAUUUGUGGCUUGUUUUUCUUGUCUUUUUCUGUUUUGCAGGGUUCGUGAUUGURGACAYGUGGACAGCGACUUCGAAGAGGAAACAACUGUCCUGGAUGAGGUCCAGUUGGAUGUGCCAUUGGAUGAUGUGCCAGAUGUUCCACAGCUGCCAGUCCUCCUUAAUGUUCAGAAUGCUGUUAUCAUCCUUGAGGAUGUGCCAGAUGUGCAGACUAUCCUUGAGGAGGCCACUGGCAAUUGGCAGUUGAUUCCGAUUAGGUUCAGCCCCCUGUACUGUGGGCCUGUUGUGAUCAGGAACAAUGCCGGUCCGGUGGUUAAAGCUUGGAGAACUUUCCAGUUCAUCAGCCCCAUCAUCACCUACAUGCGUGGGGGAUCCCAGCAGGCGGUGGUGAGGAUGCACCACGUGAGUAGGGUGAGAGGCCUGGAGACUCAACUGGUGUGGGCCAUCUCCAAGGAGACAGCCAGGCUUAGUCCAGAGGGCAUCCCCUACUGUGCCACCAAAGUGCAGUCCAUCACUUGGAUCCAGCGUGUGGCUGGCAGGGUGACCCACUAUGCGUCUCACCUCCGCCACGAGACGUCUGUGGACGUGACGCUUGGCUGCUACCAGCAGACUGAUGUCUCAGUGGUGUACGCCACUCUCCACAUGGGGCUGGACGGGCUUCUCUCCUCUUCAGCGUGGUCGGAGGCUGCCUCCUUCUCUACGCCCACCACUCAGCAGUUCACUGACCCAGAGCCCGAGGGCCACAACUGCUAUGAGGGCUGGGAGGAGGACCUGCUGCCUGAGGAGAGGGAGGUUCCUCUGCUAAACCUCUACCUUACCACCAAGAGAGUGGAGGACAUCGCCCUGAGGCUCGUCUCCCUGCGCCAGGCCUUCACUGACGAGGCCAAGUACAUCCGUACCUAUAACGACUUUGUGGACUACCUGAGUGACCCCUCCAAGCGGAAUGACAUUGAGAGGGAGCUGGCUAAGGCAAACAUCCAUCAUGUGAACAUGAUAGAUGUCCUCUUUGAGCUGGUGCUGUUUGGGAUGAUGACAGCUCAGAAGUCCCUGAUGGUGCACCCUGGUGGGUUCGUGGAGCGUCUGUACGCUCUCCUGUACUCCUUCCUGCCCACUGCUGCCAACAUGGAGCCAGAGGCUGACAGAUACCUGCUGCUGCUCAAUGGCGGGCUGAUGGCUCUGCUAGAUGACAUGUUUGGCCAGCAGCUGGCCUGGUACUUUAACCCAGAGUCUCUGGUCACAGAGCUCUCCAGCCUCCUGGAGUACCACUUGGAGAACCUCAUGGCCAGCAUGUAGUCCUACUGCAGGGACCAUACUCCUUUCUCCUUCUCUCUCUCUUUUGAAGGAAUUGAGGACUUGAAGUGCUUUGUUGAACCCUGAUUAGUUAACACCCAUUAAUUUAAUGUAUUCUCUUGUUUUCUCUGC